AUGCCAAAAUUAAUCGCGAUCAUUGCUGGCGUUGGCCCGGGUACAGGCAGUGCCGUUGCCCGUCGCUUUGCGCAGGCUUAUCCAGUAGUUUUACUGGCUCGGUCGCAGCAGUCUUUAGAUCCUGUCACAAGGGAGAUCAAGGAAAACGGAGGUUCAGCAAUCAGCAUUCCAACCGAUGUGACAAGCGCCUCGGGCAUGACAGCGACUAUGGACCAAGUCAAAGCUCAUUUUGGCUCUGAUAUCAGUAUUGCGGCAGCAGUCUACAACGUUGCCAGCAAGUUCGUGCGGAAGCCGUUCUUGGAGCAAAGCUCGGAGGAGUUUCUGGGUAGCCUUGAGCCCUCUAUCAAGGGUGCUUUCAAUUUCGCGCAGGCAACGCUUCCUUUUAUGUUGGAUGCGAAGGAAGCGCAGUAUCCGCCCACGUUGAUAUUUACAGGUGCCACGGCAGCGCUUAAAGGAGGUUCGGGACUUUCUGGCUUCGCGAUGAGCAAAUUCGGAAUUCGUGCCAUGUCACAAUCUCUUGCACGUGAAUUCGGGCCCAAGGGUGUUCAUGUCUCCCAUGCUAUCAUUGACGGCAUUAUUGACACUGAGAAGACAAGGGGAUACAGUCAAGAUAUUGCCGACUCCAAGAUCGAUCCAGAAUGGAUAGCCGAGUCUUACUGGUUUUUGCACACCCAGCCAAGAACUUCUUUUACUCACGAGUUAGACCUGCGACCAUAUUCUGAGACAUGGUAA